AUGGCACCUCCCAGCGGAGCCGCUUCUUACAAAAAGAAGGAUGGCAUCUUGACGCUGACCGCAGAUGAGCAGACGCUCACCUGGACCCCAGCAGUAGCUGGUGCUUCAGCUCUCUCGAUCCCGGUGACUACCAUCUCGAAUUUACAGCAAACCCCCGCUUCAAACCCGAAAGUCAUGCUGAAGAUCUUCGUUUUGGCCACCAACGCUCCUCCGAACAGCACCGCCGAAGCAUAUGUCUUUCUUUUCACGGCCGGUCCGGAAGCCCGCCCGCAGGCUGAUGCCCUCAAAGACACACUUAGCGCUCGAGUCAAUGCGGGCAAACCGGGCACGCCUUCCCAAACGCCGACACCCGGGGGAAGUGGAGGGAGUAUGUCGGCAGCCAUGGCGAUCGCGAAUGCAGUUUCUUCGGCAGGAUCGGCGAAGAACCCGUGGGAUGACGACAAUCGAUUGAAGGGAGACGUGGAAUUACAGCAGUCGCUGCUGAAGGCGGAUUCAACGCUGCAGCGAAUGUUCAUGGACUCCUUGCACACAAAACCAGAAACACUAGGUUCGGCACAGUUCAUGUCACAGUUCUGGUCGACUCGAUUGCACCUUCUCCGGGCACAUGCCAUUGAGCGAGCGCAGACAAGAGGCUCGUACAACGUUUUAUCGUCAUUGAAACCGCGCGUCGAGGAAAAUGUGACCCGAUUGAAUAUCAGCAAGGAGCAAAUCCAGCUCAUUUUCACGCAACAUCCUCUCGUCAAGCGUGUAUACGACGAGAAUGUGCCGAAGUUGAGCGAACAGCAAUUUUGGUCGCGAUUCUUUCAGAGCCGACUGUUUAAGAAGCUACGCGGCGAGCGCAUCUCUGACGCAGAUGCCACAGAUCUUGUGCUAGAUAAAUACCUACGGGAUGAUAUCGCGGACAUGAACCGCGAGGCCAAUAUCCCCCACUUUUUGGAUAUGGCUGGCAAUGAGAGCCACAACAGCCAGCGCCGUGGAAACCGACCAGAUCUGGACAUGCGACCUUCCGGCGUGGACAAAGUGCCCAUUAUCCGGACCCUCAAUAACCUGAGCGAGAAAAUCAUGGCUAAUGUCGCACCAGCUGAUGGCGAUUUGAGCGCUCCCAUUGGUGUGAAUGAAGAGGCUUGGAAGAAAAUGCAACUACGCGAUCUUCGUGGGGACGAGGAGCAAUCUCGUAUUGCUCUCAACAUCAGUGAUCAGAAUCGCUUCUUCUCCCAUACCCAGGAGGAUGACCAGAAACGGGCACUCAAGCAACAAGACCCAGACAAGAUCCUGAAUAGUCUCCGCUCGGAGAUUGCGCACAGUUUGCCACCGGGUGGAAUAACGCCGCUGCAAAAGCUUGUGGACCCGGGAGAUGAUGAAGAUGAGGAGAUGGAGGAUGCGCCUGCUAGCCGUCGACCCGCUGGGUCCUCGGCAGCUCUACACGAUGCAUUUGUCCAAAUUUUGGGCGCAGUACGUGAAAGGCGCACCCAAAUGAGUGAAGCAUCCACAUCCGAUACCUGUGGCUUACCGAUAGCACUCUACGACCGGUUAACGUUGACCCACGCGACAUCCACGGAAUUCUUGAAUCAAUUCUGGCAGGCCUUUCUCUCGGGCAACCCAGAGCGUGCUGGUGAAGUGACCUCUCUGACGGAGUCAUUGCAGCGCGCAAAGGACCGUAUUCAGGCUGUCGCAAAUGACGCCGAGGCAGAGCGACAAAUCGAGGUCAAUCGCCUCAAGACUCAUGCUCGCGAGGUCUAUGAAAAAUCCGGAAGGAAAUUGAAGAUGAAUCUAGCGGGAGUGGAAGGAGGGCAGAAGGUUGUCAAUCAGCUUCUAGGGCCUACAUUAAACGCCUUAGACCUCGCAUUGAAUCGGUACAAGACAGCUCUGGCGGAAGAAACGAAAGAAGCCGCUUCGUUGGCUGUGUAG